AUGGAACAGAUUGAAAAAUCAAACGUACAUGCUGAGAAAGGACUCUUGGAAAAGAUAAAGCUUUGCCUGUUUAAGGAACCACAGCCAUCUCCUACUGACCGAAAGAAGUUUGACUACGACUUUGCCAUCUCUACCUCCUUUCAUGGGGUACACAACAUUGUUCGGAACCGGAGCAAAAUUCGGAAGGUGAUCUGGUUGGUGGUGGUCCUGGGCUCGGUCUCACUCUUGGUGUGGCAGAUACGCAGUCGCCUGGCCAACUACUUCACUUGGCCCACCACAACAUCUGUGGAAGUUCAAUAUGUGGAAAAGAUAGAGUUCCCAGCUGUGACAUUUUGUAAUUUGAACAGAUUCCAAACAGAUCCUGUGGCCAAAUUUGAUGUUGUUUUUUUCUUGCGGAAUAUUGUAUCCGAAGUCCUCCAACUGCAGAAAAUCAGUGCCAAUUCCAUCGGCUCAAAAAAUGCUAUUGAUUUUCUUACAAGUAACCAAAACUUCAGCACUAUGGAGUUUGUCAAGAAAAAUGGUUUUUAUCUCAACAAUAGCACUUUGCUGGAAUGUGACUUUUUUGGAAUGCGAUGUGGCCCAAAGGAUUUUGCACAUGUCUUCACUGAAUAUGGAAAUUGUUUUACUUUUAAUCAUGGUGAAAAUAUCCAAGCAAUGAAAAAAGUGAGUGUGUCUGGACGAGGCUUAAGCUUACUCUUCGAUGUCAACCAGGAGGAAUUCACUGAUGACCCAGCCCUUGGCUUUGUUGAUGCUGGGAUCAUCUUUGUUAUCCAUUCACCAAAGAAGGUGCCACAGUUGGAUGGUUUAGGCUUGUCUUCGCCUGUGGGAACACAUGCAAGGGUAACCAUCCGCCAAGUGAAGACAGUUAAUCAAGAAUAUCCUUGGGGAGAAUGCAACCCUAACAUCAAGCUGCAGAAUUUCGAGAGCUACAGCACAUCUGAUUGCUUAAAGGAAUGCAAAGCACGGCACGUCAAAAAGCAAUGUGGAUGUUUGCCUCUUCUGCUUCCUGACCACAUUGAAGUUGAGGGAUUAUGUACAAUGGGAACACAUAAUUCUAGCUGCCCUGUUGCUUGUGAAGAAACAGAAUACCCUGCUGCCAUCUCUUAUUCCACCUUUCCAAGUCAAAAAGCUUUGAAAUAUCUUUCCCAGAAGUUGAAUCAAAGCCAGAAGUAUAUCAGGGAGAACCUUGUGAGCAUUGAAAUAAACUACAGUGACUUAAACUAUAUGAUAACACAGCAGCAAAAAGCCGUGAGCGUGUCUGAGUUGCUUGCAGAUAUUGGCGGUCAGCUGGGUCUAUUUUGUGGGGCCAGUAUGAUUACAGUUAUAGAAAUUAUUGAAUAUAUAUUCACCAAUUUGUACUGGAUAUGCAUUUUGUUUUUGCUGAAGAUACCUAAAAUGACCCAGUGGACGCCUCAACCUCAGAAUCAGCUGGGGAAUAAAGAAGGAAUUCAAGAAUGCUAA